GUCAUGCCCCUGGUGGCACCCAUCAUGAAGGUGCAGGCGUGUCGUCAGUACGGGGCCAACAUCCUCGUGCGUGGCAGCGACAUCGGCGAGUGUCGCACCAUCGCCCUCAAGAUGGCGCGCCAGCAAGGGCUGGUCUACAUCAAUGGGUAUGACCAUCCGCACAUACUGGCGGGUCAGGGCACCAUGGGGCUGGAGAUCGUGGAGCAGGUGCCCAAUAUUGACGCGGUGGUGGUGCCCGUGGGGGGAGGAGGGCUUAUCGCGGGGGUUGCCUUAGCAGUAAAAGCGCUCUACCCGCACGUACAAGUUAUCGGCGUGGAGAGCGAGAACUGCGCCUCCUUCAGCGCCGCCCUCAGGACCGGAGCGCCGGUCUACACCAAACCGGAGUCCACCCUCGCGGACGGUCUAGCGGUGCCCAUGGUGGGGGUGAACGCCUUCGCUACGGCCGCCCCUCUCGUGGAUAAGGUGGUGACUGUGAGGGAGGAGUGGAUCGCUAUCGCAAUAUUGCGGCUGGUGGAGCAAGAAAAAGCUGUGGUGGAAGGAGCUGGAGCUACGGCACUCGCCGCCAUCUUGGCUGGUGAACUUCCAGAGCUCAAAGGCAAAAGGGUAGUAAUACCUUUGUGUGGUGGCAACAUCGACACUACGGUGCUGGGGCGCUGUCUGGAGCGUGGCCUGGCGGCGGAUGGAAGGCUGGUCAAAUUCACGGUUACCGUCAGCGAUAGACCCGGAGGCAUCGCUGAACUGACCCGCCUCAUGGCCAGCCUCGGCGUAUCCAUCAAAGACAUGACGCACGAGCGAGCCUGGAUCAGGAGCGACAUAUUCUCUGUCGAGGUGAAGGUGAUGUGCGAGACACGUGACCACGAGCAUUACCUGCAGCUGCAGGCGGAGCUCGAGAAGCGAUACAAGAUCAUCCGCUUUGCCGUCCCUGACAUCGUCCACGCCGAGAGUGAUCUCUGAUCCAGCGAGAUACUGUCUCUGAUCUCUAAUCCAGCGAUCUACUAUCUCUGAUCUCUGAUCCAGCGAGAUACUGUCUCUGAUCUCUAAUCCAGCGAUCUACUAUCUCUGAUCUCUGAUCCAGCGAGAUACUGUCUCUGAUCUCUCGAUCUGCUGGAGUAUCUGAUUAAUCGAUCUGAUGGGGUCACUGAUCCCUCAAUCUGCUUAGGUCUCUGAUUCCUCGAUCUUUUGAGAUUUUUGAUCUCUCGAUCUGCUGAGAUUUUCGAUCCCUCGAUAUGCUGAGAUUUUCGAUCCCUCGAUCUGCUGAAGUCUCUGAUCUCUCGAUCUGCUGAGAUCUUUUAUCCCUUGACAAUCUUAUAUCGUGCCAGUUCAAUUAUUUGCUAUGUAAUCCCCUUGCACAAUUAUGCGCAGUUAUUCCUCGGGAAAAAUUCUCGAUUGGCGUGUAUACGUUAAUUAAAUAAAUUCGCUGUAUAAUGCACGCUAAAGGCAUUGCAUCAUAUACAUAAAAUGCACUGUAUCAUACGCGUUAAAUGAACUGUAUCAUUUAGAUGUACAAAUUGUAUUCGAUAUGAAUAAUUAGGUAAUAGCUCUAAAUGGGGUGUGUAGGUAAGUUGCAAUUAAAAUGUUUGGUCAUUUACUGUCUACGUUGCAUGUGAUAUUUGGCCCAUUUUGAAAUUAUCAUGAUUAAUACGUAUGAAUUCACUAUUCAGUAGUAUGUGAAUAUUAUUUCAUAUUACUUUAUAUUACUCAAUAGCUUACCUAGACAUUAACCAUAAUUAAUGACUGUAUAAUCACCACACAGUACCAUCACAACUCCCCUAACAAGAGUUACUGUAAUUGCUUAAUUAUAAUAUGAAAAUUUCUGAGAGGGAAAAUAUUUUCUUCUUUGAUGACGCUAUGUCUAUGGACAAAAUGAAGGAUGUUUAAUUAAAAUGAGUAAUUUGAAACAAAAUAAGGAAUUUAGAAAUUAAAAACAUCUAUGUAUUGUUUCUGUGUUGUAUCAAUUAGAUAUACAAUAUGUAUAUACAAAAUGAAAUAAAGAGAUUAGAUAAACUUCAUGCAUUCACCUACGCCGAUGGAGCAUAGAAUUAAUAAAUAAUACAAUAAC